CAGAUUGUGGGCCCUUAAAGGGCUUCUAAAGGGCUUUUGCCGCAUCCACUGAAAUUUCAUAUAAAAGCUUAGUAAAAAUUGAUCAACGACACAUUUCACUCUGACUUGCAAAAGUGAUCGAUCAACAUGAAUCUAGUCAAGACUUUCGGUUUAGUGGUGUUGAUUCUAGGCGCCGCAAGUGCCCACAAUAAUGACAAAAGACAAAAUAACGCUGCUGCCUCGAAUAGCAUGAAGCCCACCGAUUGGCUGUCAGUUUCCGAGCUGCAGGAAUUGCCAUCUGCGGACACCAUCACUUUGCAGCAGUGGGAGAGUAUGCCGUUGGAGGAGGCGGAACGGAUGAUUGAGAAAAUUUAUCAUCUGUCUAAACUCGACCGCACACUACAACCAUCGUUUGUGCCAAGCGCCAGCAAUAUGCCAGUGAUCCUUAUGAAGCCGAACGGUGAACGCAUGGAGACCAAACUCAGUCAAUGGGUUGAAAAAGCCAAACAACUACCCGAAUUCGGCACAGAUGAAGUAACUAUCUUUAUAACCGGCCUACCGCAAUCCAGCUCUGCUGUGGCGAAGGCCAAUAAGCGCUUGGUGCAGGCCUACAUGGAACGCUACUAUGGACAGCAAAAGCCUAUGAACAACUUCCAGGAUUCCGGUGAAAAAUGGCCAGCCACUUCAAGCGAGGAAGACUAUAGCGAAUCGUGGAAGCAGCCGCGCCUAAACCGUGGCAAUUUUAUGAUCAUUAAUUUAGGUGCAAUGCUGCCCAACAUGCGCCGCUACGCGCUGCUUGAUGUCGAACAAACUGGCGAAAUGAUUGGCAAGACACUCGUCCAAUUGACCAACCAAGCUGAUGUACCUCAUGAGAUCAUACAUUUGAUUGGCCAAGGUAUUGGCGCACAGGUAGCUGGUGCCGCUGCACGUCAAUACAAACGUCAGACUGGUCAUCAAUUGCGUCGCAUCACUGCCUUGGACCCCGCUAAAAUGUUUGCCUGCAGCAAGAAUAUGCUUAGCGGUUUGGCUCGUGGUGAUGCCGAUUUUGUGGAUGCCAUUCAUACUAACACCCGCGGUAUCGGUACACGCGAACGUGUUGGUGAUGUGGACUUCUUUGUUAAUGGCCCAGCAUCGAAGGCUCCUGGCGCUGAUAAUAUUGUGGAGGCUUCUAUGCGCGCUACACGCUACUUUGCCGAGUCCGUGCGCCCAGGUAAUGAGCGUAACUUCCCGGCUGUGCCCGCUAGCUCGAUGGAUCAGUAUGAGAAUAAGGAGGGUAAUGGUAAACGUACCUACAUGGGUAUUGCCGCCGAUUACGAUUUGAAGGGUGACUACAUGCUCAAUGUGAAUGCCAAGAGUCCAUUCGGCAAGAGCGCUCCUGCGUUGAAACAGGGAACCUAUCAUGGCAUGCAUGAAUCAUGGAAACACAACUAAGAAGCCAUGAGUCUAGAAUGCUGAAGUAGAGUCAGUUGAAAUUGAUCUCCGGGUUAAUAUUUCUAUAAUUUUGUAUUUUCUUUUGUAAAAAAUUUAAGAACGAAAUAAAAGAAAGAUUUUAACAGGCAAA